ACAAAAUUUAUUUACAGUUUUUCUUUACAUUAAAAGAGAUCUAUUGUGUGUUUGUUUAUCUAGGCAAUUAAUUUUCAUCAAAAUUAUAAUGUUGCAGAUAUUUUUGCUUUCGGCCUUGAUUUUACAUGCUCAUUUACAACCCACGUAUUGUCCAAUGGGAUCCUACUUUGAACAUGAGACUGAUUGUACGAAGUUUUAUCAGUGCGCGCCCUGGGGCGCCCAAUUGAUGAACUGUUCUUCUGGCACUGUAUUUGAUCCCGAAAUUAAUGUUUGCAGUUGGCGUCGACCAGGGAUAUGUGGUUGGACGACUACAGAAAUCACAACAAAUCCAGAGUUAUCUACAGGAAGUUGUUCGAAAGAACCAACAACGAUUUCAACAACAAUAAAACCAGAUCCAAUAAGUAUUUGCAGGGAGCGACCUGAGGAAGUAUUCAUUAACGCGAAUCCUUACGAUGGUUCCCAGUUCAUAGUGUGCAAUAGUGGUAAUGGUGUAAUAAAUAGCUGCCCUAAUGAUAAAUUCUACGAUCCUAUAACAGGAAGUUGUAGUUCCCAAAAAAAAGCUGACACCUGUGAAACAAAUCCAGACCAAACUGUCUAUGAUCCAAUAAGUAUUUGCAGGGAGCGUCCUAAUGAAAAAUUCGUUAAGGAAAUCCCUAACAACUGUUCCCAGUACAUAAUGUGCAAUUGUGGUAAUGGUGUAAUCCAUACCUGCCCCGAUAAUCAAUUCUUCCAUCCUAAGACAAAAAGUUGUAGUAUUUUAAAAAAUGAUAACUGUUCCCCAAAAUAACAUGUAAAUAAUAUAGACCUGGAUCCCGCGUACCAAAAAAAGUUGAUUAAUAGCAAGGUGAAAAUUUGUUAAUAGCUUAACGGAGUCUAAAACUUUGAUGUAUAAGAAUACUGGAACAGGGGAAGUUUUAAUUGUGGAAUUGGUUAAAAAUUUGGAACGUCAGACUAUGAAAACGUUCCAUGUAUGUUGUCUGACAGAACUUCCAAUUGAUUUGUUGACCAUUUCAUUAAACUCUCAUGCAAAAAGACUGGUGUUUAUCACCAACUGGGUAUUUUAAUGAGUGGAACACGAAGAACAUGUCAAAUGACAAUAAUAAUGUUGGUUAGUAAUAGCAGUCUAAUUUUUACAUGAGAGUUUAAUUAAAGGGUAACAAAUCAAUUAUUGGAUGUACUGUCCGAUAAAAUACAUACUGUAUCGUAAUCUGACGUUCCAAAUUUUUAAACUGUUCCACAAUUAAAACUUCUCCUGUUCCAGUGUUCCCGUACAUCAAAGUUUGUCUGACUAGACACCGUUAGGCUAUUAUCAAAUUUUCAGCUUGCUAUUAAUUAAUCAAAUUUUUUUGAUACGCGGGAUCCAGGUCUAAUAUAAUUCACAAUAAAUUUCAUAAUUUUCUGAAA